GAGGGAGGGUUAAUGGAACAAAAGAAAAAAGCAAUGCAAAACAAUAGUUUCAGAUGUCUUCGGUGGGGGGUGACAAAGAAAGAAUCUAAUGUUUGUUUCUGCCGUCUUUUAAACACUUUUCUUAAGUGGCUCAUAACAACAUUAUUAAAAUUUUGCAGUGCUCGGCAACAUUCAGCUUUAUUCACGUGAUGAAGUUCUACAAAAUUAUGGAUGCCGUUCCAUUGAGCGCAGAUAGCUUUAACAUCUGCAGUUGAGACAUCCUUCCUGCCUUCAGCCUCAUCAAACGACAUCUCCUCCCUUCCUCGCCAACACUAACUCCAGCUAACUGCUGCUUGUUCACCAAAACAAGAAACAACUUUUCGACUUCCUCCAAGAUCUGUGGCCUCUGCUUGGUCAACACCGUUGCUCCUUUAGCAACAUCAUUUGCUUUGAGCGCAUCCUUGUGUUUCAGAAUGGUGCUGAUCUUCAAUUUCGCCAUGCCAUACUUCUUCGAUAGCUCAGAAGCACGCACACCAGAUUCGUAUUCGGCUACUUGUUGAAGUUGACUGUUUUUAAGCACAACUCUCCUUUUUCAGCACCAGCAGUUCCACUUGCCUUCUUUGGAGCCAUGAUCGGGUGUUAAUGUUGCUCAAUUUGAAGAAAAAAAAGUCACUACAGUACUGGGAAACGUCCGCGAGCAGAGGAGUGUAUGAGUCAACUGGUUGCACCGCGUCGUGCGCAUUACGUCUUUUCCGUUUUUUUUGGGGGCGUGCGUUCGAAAGCACAAUAACAAAUCUUCGUGGAUCAGCUUGUUGGGGUGUUCGAAUGCCGAUUUUCAUUCGAAAACUAAAGCAAAAAAAUCUCAAAAUUUUCGUUCGAAAACCGAUUUGGACAAAAACCAAGAAGUUCGAAAACCGAGUGUCUAUGCCUGCCCUCGCCGUGACACGUCGUGUCGGCCAUCCGUACCAGAACCGGGCGCCGCCGAAGAAGAAGAAGCCGCGGACGUCGUUCACGCGACUGCAGAUCUGCGAGCUGGAGAAGCGCUUCCACCGCCAGAAGUACCUGGCCAGCGCCGAGAGAGCCGCCCUAGCCAAAGCCCUCAAAAUGACCGACGCUCAGGUCAAAACCUGGUUCCAAAACAGACGCACCAAAUGGAGGCGUCAAACCGCGGAGGAGAGAGAGGCGGAGAGGCAGCAAGCCAACCGGAUCCUCAUGCAGCUGCAGCAGGAGGCCUUCCAGAAGUCCAUCGACCAGCCGGUGACGCCGGACCCGCUAUGCCUACAGAACAGCUCUUUGUUCGCCCUGCAGAACCUGCAACCUUGGAGCGAGAACACCGUCAAGAUCAGCAGCGUUUCGACUUGCGAGUAGCCUCAGAGCAGGACUAAUGUUUGCGGAGAAAUGCAGGCUUGUCCUGGUGGAAACUCUUUAUCUCCGGGUCCACUUUCUGUCCCGUUUUGAGUGUUAUCUACCGCCUUUUGCCUGGUUGAGUGCUGGAUGCAAGAGGUCCCCUGCACAAGUCGCGAUGAUCCAGCAGUCAUUCAGAGAUUCAUUUUGACUGGACUUCAAGUUUUAUCUGUCGUACCGUUGGAUAACGAAGUAAAAUACGUAGAAAGCACCUUUGAAUGAAUGCCAAUUCGUGACAACAACAAAAAGUGAAGGCUGUGAAUGAUGUCUAUUUUAGAAUUUAUGGACCGAGAAGCCAGCCAGCAUCUUGUUAUGGGGUCAUAUCUUGAAAAUCUACCACAGUAUUUUAAUAUCUCAUAUCUGUGGAUUCAUAUUUUAACGAAUAUUUUUGUUUCUCACUUGUAAUGCAAUUCACCAAAUGGUCAGGAGAUGCUAAACAUCUCAUCACGCUGUGGUUCACUCGCUGCUCCAUUUGUUAUCAGAACCCUGUACUUUUUAUUUUUUUACUUGACUGCAACUGCAUUUUGUGUAUAGUAUGGUCAUUAGCCUGAAUUUCUAAAAAGAAAAAUACGUGUCAAACACUGCCAUUGUGUUUUACGUCAACGUGGUCCUGCAAUACACAUUAAAUUCACGUUUGUGAUAUUACUUUCAUGAGUUUCACAAAUAUAUUCAAUAGA